AGAAGGUACCCAUCAACACACCUCAUGCGCCCUCUCCAUGACAAAGCUUGCUUACUCAGCUUGCAACAAGCAAGUCUUGGUCUUCCUCCUCUACCCUCUAGCUAGCUAGCUUUCUCGAUCCCCCAAGAAAAAGGAGCAACCAAAAUCUCAUACUAGAUCGAUUGAUGGGAGGUAGCUGGUUUGAUUAAUUAGCUGCAAUUUCAUGGCGCAUAAGAUCCAUGGCACCGUGGUGAAGCUAGCUGGGUAGGAAGUCAACUAAUCAAGAAAGCUUGCUAGCCGCCCUUGGAAGUUGGAAGUUGGAACUACACAAGGAAGAAGAAGACCAGAUCGAGGAAGGAAGCAAGCUAUAGGCUAGCACAGAGUUAGGUUAGGUGGAGAGAUGGCCAACAGGUGGUGGGACGAAGGGCGGCUGACGGAGGCGCCGGCAGCUGCAUCGGGCCUCGCCGGCGACCAGAACCGGCAGCAGCUGGAGGACGCCAUGGCGGCGCCCAAGGUGGACGGGGAGAGCAGCCACAGCGGCGGAGGGAGCGGGCAGGAAGACGAGCACGAGCCCAAGGAGGGCGCGGUGGUGGUGCCGGCGAACCGGCGCCCGCGCGGCCGGCCGGCGGGGUCCAAGAACAAGCCCAAGCCGCCCAUCUUCGUCACGCGGGACAGCCCCAACGCGCUGCGCAGCCACGUGAUGGAGGUGGCCAGCGGCGCGGACGUCGCCGAGUCCAUCGCGCACUUCUCCCGCCGCCGGCAGCGCGGCGUCUGCGUGCUCAGCGGCGCCGGCGCCGUCGCCGACGUCGCCCUGCGCCAGCCCGCCGCGCCCGGCGCCGUCGUCGCGCUCCGCGGCCGCUUCGAGAUACUCUCCCUCUCCGGCACCUUCCUGCCCGGGCCCUCGCCGCCGGGGUCCACCGGGCUCACCGUCUACCUCGCCGGCGGGCAGGGGCAGGUGGUCGGGGGCAGCGUCGUGGGCGCGCUCACCGCCGCCGGGCCCGUCAUGGUGAUCGCCUCCACCUUCGCCAACGCCACCUACGAGCGGCUGCCGCUGGACGACGCCGAGGAGGAUCACCAGCUGGAGGCCGCCCGCAUGCACGGAGCUCCCGGCGGUGGUGUCCCUCCGAUGAUGGCCGGCGACCCCUCCGCCGCGGGGAUGCCGAUGUACGGCGUGCCGCCGAACCUGAUGCCGGGAGGCGGUGGGCAUGCGGGGCCGGAAUGGGCGGCGCAUGCACGGCCGCCCUACUAGCUACCUAGCACCAUUCAAUCAGGAGUAGUCGACGUUUCCAAGCAUCAAGAUCAGCUCCCCUCAUCAUCAUCGAAUCCAUCCUACCAAUAACUAGACUUGCAUUGCAUAUAUUUAGCAGCUGGUAAGUAACUAGAAUCUCUGGUUUUGCUUUGCUUAUUAGUAUCUGCCAAAAAUCAUCUGGAGUUGCUCGCUCCGAUUCAUGUAUGAGGAAUUAUAAAUGAGCUCCUUUUACUGCCAUAUUGGUUAGUGAUCAUACAGUAAAAAGUAAAAACAAAACUCUCCAAAUGUGUGACUCUUAUAUAACCCCAUCUCUCUGAUUAUUGCAUGCAUAUAUGCCCUCCCUACAUAAUUCACAAAGUUCCUUUAACUAUGGUGAAUAUAUAUGUCAUU